CAGAUGUUCUUUGCAUGUGGUUAGUUACUUCUUGUGGUUGAUUGUUUUUAAUUAGUUGGUUUAAUUGUUAAUCGGUUACUGAUAAAUUAAUCAUGGGUAAAAAAGGUGACCAAGAGAAGAAAGUUAGAAGAAUAACUUUUCUCAAUGGACAAUCGGAUAAAGUUGUUUCUGGUUUAAAACCUUCAGAUGGAAAAGAAAUGAUCAAUUUUUUUUCCAAUCUAAUUGUUAAUCAUCCUGAACUUACUUGUAUUGCUAAAAGUGUAAAGAAAAAGGAAAAAGGAAAAGCCAAAGAAAAAGAGCAGGAAGAAAAAUCUAAAGAAAAAGAAAUUGAAAUUGAAAUUGAAGAACCAAUUUUUACUAUUGGUGAGGAUAAAGAAUCGACUGAUCGAGUUAAUUUGCCUAUUCCUAAGCCUAGAAAUCCACUUAGAGAUGAAAUUGUUUUCGGUUUAACUGAGAUAAUCAAGAAAAUUCAAAAAAAACAGUUAAUCGGUGUUGUUGCUUGUGAUCCAUUGACGGUUCAUAUUCAAGCGACAUUAUAUGAUCUUUGUAAAGAGUUUAAUGUUCCCUUUCUAUUAUCCAAGAAUCUUAAUCAAAUUGGUGAUAUUUUGAAAAUGUCUAAAUUAUCCUGUUAUGCUUUCACCGAGAAAGUAAAAGAAUCAACCUCUUUGUGCCAUUCGUUGUUUAAAAUAUUCCUCCAACAACCAGGAUUAUCUUUUAGUGAUAAAAGUGAAUUAAAUCCGUGUUUACAUUCAAACACUGAAGAUAUGGAAAUAGUUGAUACUUAUAAGCCAGAAUUUGUGUUUGACUUUCCACCAGAAGAUAAUUUUUAUAUUCCAAGAGAGGAAAUUGAUUUACCAACAUCAACAACAAAUCUCGAUGAAAGUGAAAAGAAAAUGGAUGAUUUUAUCAACAUAGACCAUCAAGUUAACCAUUUUCCUCCUCGAUUUUAUUUCCGUGACAUUCAAUUAAUCCUUCCUUGGACUGGAGAUGUUGAAAUGAGCGAAAAGAAAUUACAGAAAAUUGGAAAAUCUUUGUUCACAGUUAAAUCAUCAUUAACAAAAGAUGAAUAUCAAUUAGAUGAAGAGAUUCCCUUCUGUGAACCAAAGACAACAGUCUUACCAUCAUCUGGUCGAAAAAAAGAGAAGAGAAAAAAGUUCAAAAAAAUCAAACAAGCUCCAAGAAAAAAGAAAUCUAAUAAAUAAAUUUGAAAAUUUAUUCUCUAAACAA